AUGGAACCUGAAAAGAAGGCCAGAAAACCUGACGAUUCCAAACAAAGGACCCAGGACCCAGGACCCAGGACCCAGGACCCAGGACCCAGGACCCAGGACCCAGGACCCAGGACCCAGGACCCAGGACCCAGGACCCAGGACCCAGGACCCAGGACCCAGGACCCAGGACCCAGGACCCAGGACCCAGGACCCAGGACCCAGGACCCAGGACCCAGGACCCAGGACCCAGGACCCAGGACCCAGGACCCAGGACCCAGGACCCAGGACCCAGGACCCAGGACCCAGGACCCAGGACCCAGGACCCAGGACCCAGGACCCAGGACCCAGGACCCAGGACCCAGGACCCAGGACCCAGGACCCAGGGACUUUUCCAAAAUUGAAUCCCAAAAAUUCAGAAAUUCAGAAUUUUCGAACAUCUUCAAAACACCGAACUCACCUGUUCGUUUGAAAUCUAAUUUAAAUAAAUUCACAUGA